AUGCCUCAAAGACCCUAAACCUCCAUUAAUAAAUAAGCUUCUAUAAUAUCUAGAAAAAGUAGUAUAAAUGCUCCUAAGGAAAAUAUUUAAUUAACUCACUAGCAUUAAUCAACAGCAUCCUAGAGUAUCCUGCUAAACAUUUCAUCAGUUAAUAACAGCAUGGUAAAUAUCAGUAAGAGAGCUGUUUCUAAUACCUCCAUUAAAAAAUAGGAUAAUUUCUAAUCAGAUAGAAAGAGCGAUGGUCCAUAUAAUGUUUAAUUUGACGAGUCACCAGUAAGAAGACAAAGGAAUCAUUAAAGCAAAAUGAUAGAUAAAGGAUAGUACAGACCUUUAACCAGUAUGAUCGGUUCAGCUUCUAUGAGUCAAUAAAUACAGAGUACAGCAGCUGAAUCUCGCAUUCAAAGAGCAAGCUCCAUUCGGAGUCAAUACAUCCAAGAUUAUGAGGACUACAUCACGAAUGGUGCUUAGAAAUAGCGAAUGAUAUACUCCUCUUAAUAAGAUUUCACAGAAAAGCUUAAUAAGUCGAAGUAUGUCAGCUAAUCAUUUACUCAACUUAAAGAUCAUUAGCUACAAUCUCAUCCUUAUGAUCCUGCUGACGAUAUUCUUAGAUCUUAUGAGCAAUUCAAAGAAAGACUAAUGUAAAAUCAUAGUGAUGGGAGACCAAAAACUGCCUCAAUGGCUAGAAAUAUGACUUCUCAUUCAAAGAAAUCUAGUACUUUAUCUUAGAAAGAUUAAUAAACUGCUGAAAAUUAAGCUUUAUUUGAGCAAAAUUAAUCAGUUAGUUUCAGAAAUUUCCAGAAAAAUUCAUAGGAUAGCUUCAAUAGGCUUAAAUAAAUUGUUGAGUAAAAGCGAAAAGAAUUACUUAUGAGGAAAAAUCAUAAGAGCGCAAAAAAGCCAGUUAUUGAUAAUGUAUAUCUUAAUCCUAGUGAUCUCUCGAAUAGAUAAAUUUAAAAUCAUUCGUUAAAUAAGAAGCAGAGCAGGAAGCUUCAAAAAGCAAUGACUGAAAAAUUUAAGAGAGAUGAUGAAAAAACUAGGAAAAGAAUAGAGUCCAGAUAAGUAGAUAACAGUUUCUUUACUAAUCCUAAGAUUUAGGAGAACCUAAAAGAAGCAGAGAAACUAAGAGAAUUUAAAAGUGAAGCAAAUGAAUAUCAUAGCCUUAUAAAAUAAAUCAAGAAUAAAGAUUCAAAAAAAAUGAAUUUAGACUCAGCUGAAAAGAAAAAUAGGUCAAAUAAUUAAUCAUCAUUUAUUGAUUUUGAAAGAUCAAUAGUAGAGGAUAAUAUAAAUCAAAGAUUAAAUUUCCUUGACAAACUUAAAAACGAAAUAUUUUCCAAAAAAGACCUGAAAUCAAUUAAGGACAAUUGGUCAAAAGAUUCUGCAAAAAAAUAAGAAAUUGAGAGAUUUAAGAGAUUAGAACGAAAUUCUAAUAACAGUAGUAAUUUAUAACCUGAAAAUUAGAUUCUUAAUACUCAAGAUUAAAAAAAUCCUAUUAAAAGUGAUAAUCCUCUAGAUAAGAAGUACCUUAAGAGCUUCAAGGCUAAAGCAUAAGGUAGAGAGGUCAGAAAAGUACCUUAAAGCUAACCUGAGUCAAGAACUUUAUUUGAGAAGGAAAAACUGAAUAAAUUUGUCAAAAAAAGUCUUGGGAAAAUUAGUUCUAAUUUUAUGAUGGACAGUCUUAUCUCAAAAGUAUGUGAAAGCCUUUCAGUUCAAACAUAUAGUUACGAAGAAACAAGAGAAGCAAGGGAAACAAAUUAAGACAAAAACAAUAUUCAAUUCAUAGUAAGAGGAAAAAGAGAUGUUAUAUGCUUGAAUCAAUUGCUAGAAGGCAAUUAUAAUAAUUCAAAGUUUUAAGUUACUGCAAUUUAAAACGAUACUUAAGUUAUAAAAUUACUUAAAGAGGAUUUAGAAACUGCAUAAAAGUAAUUUGAGUAAAUUUAACUUAUAAAAUUAGUAUUCUACGAAAUUGAUGAUAGAGCUGAUCAUUUUUACAUAUUGAGAUAAGGAAUAGUUAAAGUUGAAACAAUGUUUGAUAUUGAAACAAUUACCAAAGUCCCGAUCGAGGGUAAAAUGACAGAGUGGAAUAUCAAGUAAUAGACACUAUUGAAGAAAUUAGCUGUUAGAGAGGCUCCAGAAUGGUUUGGCUAUGAAGAAAUAGUAAAGUAAUCUAGAAGAAUACUUAAAGUAACUGCAUUAACUGAUUGCCUAGUCUUAUAUGGCAAAUCUAAAAUGCUUCUUGAAUGUAAAAUAAUAAAAAUUUACCUAUACCACAUAGAUCUUAACAAAUAUGAGAUAGAGUCGCUCAUUAAAAAUGUGAGUGAUGUCAACCAUGAAAGGAUCGGAGAGGAUUACUCUAAUUUGCAGAAAUCCAGAGGGGAUAAAUUAAAACAUUUCUAGGAUGGUGCUAACUUCAAUCCAACAUUGUUUGAAUCCAAGAGAGAAACUUUUAAAGACGAUAACAGAUCUAAAAGACUUCAAAAAUGGGUUUCAGUUCUGGCUAGUUGCAAGUCAACUUUAGAGGAUAUUUAGGUGGUAAGUAGAUCAUCAAAAAAAGUAAUUACAGGGAAUUAAUAUCUCCAAGAGAAAAGACUUAAAAACUAUCCCUCAGUGGUAGCUUAUUCUAAUAAAAACCAGUAAUCUAAUGAUAUUGAGUUCAAUAGUAAAAUAGUAUCUUCUCAGUAGCAUAAAAAGAGAUUAUAGAGUGCUGCUGGGCCUAGAAAGGAAAGAGAUCAUUCAAGAUAAAUAAUAAUAAGUUAAAUUAAUUCUGCCACGAACAGAUACGAUGAUAAUACUUUCAAACAAGAGUGA